AUGGAGGUGUUGCUGCUCCUGUGGCUGGGCGUGGCAGCGCUGGCGGAGGACUCCCCGCCCGGCCUGGUCUCCAAGGACAGCGAGACAGACCUCGUGGCCGAGGCCUCGCAGUCAGGUGCCCAAGCUCAGAAACGGGACGCAGGCCUGUCCAACUCUUACGGGGAGCCACUCCCAGCUGACGCGUACGGACCCCCCCUGGAUCUGCCGAACAUAAAUGUCCAGUUGCCGGCACCGAUUUAUGGAGUUCCCGAAAUCAAGAACAAUAUAUUCCAAGACCCACCGCCUGGGGCGUACGGUCCCCCCGCGCCCGUCGUGUUCCCCAGCCAGAGCUACGAAGGCCCGCCGCCGCCUCUCUUCAAGCCGAAACCGAUCUACGGCCCCCCAAAACCGAAACCGGUGUACGGACCGCCGAAACCGGUCUACGGACCGCCUAAGCCCGUCUACGGACCGCCGAAGAAGACGUACGGACCGCCGAAACUGUCGCUCCCCAAACCGACGUACGGUGCGCCUUUCAAACCGCCGAAGAUAACGUUUCCUAAGCCCGUCUACGGACCCCCGAAACCGAUCUACGGUGUGCCGAAACCCGUUUACGGACCGCCCAAAGUGACGUACGGAACGCCGCUCUUUAACGUUCCGAACCCAUUGCCGGAUUUCUCGCACGUGUCACUCCCGCAGAUAUCCUUCCAGAACGUAGGUAGCAGUGCCACCGUUGACCUGGGACUAAAUCUCCCCGCGCCCAUCUACGGGACUCCCCUAAGCAGCCUGCCCUUGGACUUGAAGCCGAACUUCCCGAUACCCAGCGACACGUACGGCCCGCCCGGGCACUCCUUAGGCCCCAUCGGACCCAACGAUCUGGUCGUGCACGACGUCGACCACGCGGGCCACUACGGCCCUCCGCAGCCGGACCCGAACCCCAGGCCGCCUCACCCCGGCAUCCCGGCCCCGCCGACGCCGCCCCACGUACUGUACGACGGCUGGAAACCGAUCCCGGGCGUAUCGAAGCCCCUCGGUCACGACCACGCUCAGAACCAGGUUCAGAUCUUGGAGGAUCAGUACGGACCUCCACCGCCGCCCCCCGUAGUUCAGGAGAUCCAUUUGGACCUCGACGUCAACAACAACGGCGGUCAGCAGUUCUCCGGCGCCCAGAUCACAACCGGCUACUCCAACGUGCACCAGGACGCCUUGGCGAAUAUCGACUUGAACGCCUUAGUCGGGCUGGACCACCCAAUAGACACGUACAGCGCGCCGCCGCUAGACUCCCUAUCCAACGGCCCCUACCCGCCCUCCAUCCGGCAGCAAGGGGCAAAAGGCCUCGUGGCGUCCGCCAUCCACGCGCCCCACCAACACGUGGCUCCGCACAGACACGCGAACCUCCCCAUUCCGUACGGCACGUUCUCGGGCGGCGGCCACUCGAUACACACGGGCGGCGCCAGCCCCAAGCACCCGAUAAAGUUCCGGGAAUCUGUGCCCGAGGGGCUGAUCCAGCAAAUCGGCCACACUGUCCACCACAAAGACGUGCACGGCGUGGACCAUCUGAAACAGGGGCCGGCCUACCUGCCCCCGCCGAUCAGGGGGACGAAAGACGUGAACGCGCAGACCGGGAACCAAAUCGAAGGCCUCUCCCUGUCCAUAGAACCAUCCAACCUGUACAGUCUACCGCAUUCGGGCAACCCGAUCAACUUCCAAGCGCAGCACGCACCGGACAGCCUGUACGGCUCGCCGAUAGACUCGUAUUCCGUGCCGCUGUUGACGGUCGGCGACCACACGGCGUCCGGGUCCAGCACGAACUCGGUGACCGCGACGGUCGACGGCACCGUCUUGGCGAACCUCUCCAACCUCGAAGCGGCCGCCAUCUUGAAGCACUGCCCGUACCACGAGGCGAUACUGAAGGCCGCCAAAGCGGGCGAGCGGAUCCCCUCGGACCUCGCGUCGAAGUACGUCGCCAGCCUGAGCUCGUUAGGCUCCACCUUCUCUAAGAGCCACCAGACCUUGGUAUCCCCCCAGAACGGCUUCAACAAGCCGGCGCCGGGCAGCGAGUCCGUCUCCUACAACACGAAGGACCUCUCCACCGCUUCGCACACGCUCGUCGAGACGAUCCUGCCGGACAACGUGAUCAGAAGUGAGAAGACGGAGAAAUCGAGCGUCCAAAAGGGCAAAUCACUGAAGGACGACUCCGGCAAACACGGCUACAAGCACGAGAACAGCCUUAACCUGGUCUCGGAGCAGAUCUACCACACGUCAGAGAAAAUACGCAACCUCAGCGAGGAGGCGAACCAGUUGCAGCAGAGGCUAGUGUCCAACAGCCAGAAUUUGAACCAAGUGAACGGUCAGAUCGGCCAGUUCGGCCAGGGGAUCCCCGUGAAAGGCAACCUGGCCACCUACUCGCUGCAGAUACAGUCAGCAGACGACGGCAAGGGGAAGUCCAGCUCGCCCUCAAUACCGCACGAGCAGCUGCUCUCAGAAGGCCUGCUGCAAAGCAUCCUCCAGGCGAUAGAACAGCCCCAGCCGCAAAAGCAACCGAAGAUCCAAGUCCCAACGAACUACGAUUUCAAUUUGGACGCCCAAAAGCAAACGGUCACUCAACCCGGCUACUUUACGAGCGCAGACAACGGGGGUCUCGUCCUCCCAGCGGGGUACGAACCAAUAGACCGGACGAAGGAGAGACGCAACACGGACCAAGAGACGCAGGGGACGAAAGACGUGCACCAGACUUUGCAGAGCGAAUCCCACACCAGACCUGACCACAACUGCGACCUCAAAGCUGACCACUCCGUCACCCACUCAGUGGUCGUUCCACCGCCGAGCGUGGAGAACGUUCGGCAAUUGAACGACGUGGAAGACAACGAUGUCGCGAUAUACUUCGGCGAGAGCGCGACGCGACCUGCUAGUUCUGAGCCGGUGACGGAGAUCUCGAUGUCGACCAGCAUCAGUGAGGAUCGUCAGCGGAAGGUGGGCUUCGGCGGGAAGGUCGAGAGGAAGCGGUCG